AUGAACAGCCACCCUCCGCCUCGCAGGGCCAUUAACGUGGGCUCCAUCCUGCUGACCCCACAGGAGAACGAGUGCCUGUUCAGCUACUUGGGAAGGAAAUGUGCAUCUCUGUGCUCGGCCGUGGUCCAGGUGUAUGCGGCGGAUCGCAGCUGCUCGUGGGUCAAGAGAUGCUGCGGAGUGGCCUGUCUGGUCAAAGACAACCCCCAGAGGUCCUACUUCAUCCGGGUGUUCGACAUCAAGGAAGGAAAAACAAUGUACGAACAGGAGCUUUAUCACAACUUUUCCAUAAGCAGUCCGAGAUCCUACUUCAUCACAUUUGCAGGCGAUACCAGUCAGAUCGGCCUCAACUUUGCGAGCGAGGAGGAGGCAAAGAGGUUCCGCGCCGCCAUCAACGACCUCCUCAAUCGGCGACAGAGGAAAACGGAGAAAAGGAGUGACCCUAGAAAUGGUCCGGCGCUGCCCAUGGCCACAGUGGACAUCAAGAACCCAGAGAUCAACAACAUCCGCUUCCACAACUCUCACCACGGCCACCACCACCACCACCACCACCAGCAGCAGCCGCAGCCGCCCCAGCCGCAGUCCCAGCCCCAGUCCCAACACUACCACCUCAACAACAUGCUCAGCCACAGCGCUCUCAACAGGAAGGACAAGAAGAGCAAGGGCAAGAAGAAGAAACUGACCAAAGCCGACAUCGGGACGCCCAGCAACUUCCAACACAUCGGUCACGUGGGCUGGGACCCGAACACCGGCUUUGAUUUGAAUAACCUGGACCCCGAGCUGAAGAACCUGUUUGACAUGUGCGGGAUCUCGGAGGCGCAGCUCAAAGACAAAGAAACGUCGAAAGUCAUCUACGACUUCAUCGAGAAGAAAGGGGGAGUGGAGGCUGUGAAGAACGAGCUCCGGAGGCAAGCGCCUCCUCCUCCCCCAUCGCGUGGCGGAGCUCCUCCCCCUCCCCCUCCUCCCCCCCAUCACACCACGACAGCGCCUCCUCCUCCCCCGCCUCCGUCCCGGGGCAGCCGCGGCGCUCCACCACCUCCUCCGCCCUCCCGAGCGCCCGCCGCCGCCCCGCCUCCCCCUCCGCCCUCUCGGCCUGGAGCUCUCGGGGCUCCUCCUCCUCCUCCCCCUCCACCGUCACGCGGCCACCAGCUCCACCACCAGCCUCCCCCUCCGCCUCCCCCGUCACACGCUCACCACACCCCACCUCCUCCGCCGCCGCCUCCGUCGCAGCAGCAGUCCUCUCCAGCAGCCCCGCCUGCCCCACCGCCACCUCCACCUCCACCCCCAGGACCGCCUCCACCCCCAGAGAUGGACGGGGGAGGGGGGGACAGCCCUCAGUCACCCGCCCCGCUGGGAGGGGGAAAGUCGGCCCUGUUGGAGCAGAUCCGAGGUGGGACGCAGCUCAAGAAGGUGGAGCAGAACAACAAACCGGUGCCCGCCUCCAACACGGGACGAGACGCUCUGCUGGACCAGAUCCGACAAGGAAUCCAGCUCAAGACCGUGUCCGAUCUGCCCGAGUCCAGUCCCCCCACCGGGGCGCCCACCGCAGGCAUCGUGGGCGCGCUCAUGGAGGUCAUGCAGAAGAGGAGCAAAGCCAUUCAUUCUUCAGACGAAGACGAAGACGACGACGAGGAUGAAGACUUCGACGACGACGAUGAAUGGGAGGACUAG